CCUAUAUACCAAAGUAACAACAAAAACCAUUACAAACUGCAACUUUUCAUAAUGGUAGCCACAAAAUCCCUAUUAUGUUUCAUCGUUGGGUCAAUGGCCUGGGUUAACACCUAUGCCCAACCACGAGGCGAGCAGUCACUCUGCCGAGCGUUUGUUGAGGAAAACUGCGAGUGCAGCACUGCCACGAGCAGAGAGGAGCGAUCAAGCUGUGUUCUCGAGUGUAUCACAGGCAAUGUCGAUGAGGAAAAUGUGUGUGCUAAAAUGGUCGAGAGAAUGGAAGCCCGAGAGAAAUGCCAUGCAUUUAUUGAGCAAGAAUGCUCCAACUGCACGUCUGGGGACCAUCGAGCUGAGCAUACUUGUGUGCGAACCUGCUUGGAGGAGAACGACAGCGAAGGGCUGUGCGAGAUGCGUGGGAUGGGCAAAGGCAGAAAGAACAGGAACAUGACUAUGGAUGACCUUGAAAUGGUUGAUGUCGAACAGCAUGGUCCGAAUGGGCCGAUGGGAGAUCACAAGCCUAGUGAGAAAUGCCGAGCAUUCGUCGAAGAGAACUGUGAGUGCGAGAUCGCCAUUGACAUAGAGGGAACAAAGGAAGGUGAUGCCAAGGAACACGCAGAGAAAGACGUGCAGAAACACACAGGUGGAUCCGACGAAGGCCAUAGACAGCCUGUGCCCCAUGGAGCUGACGGAGGACCACGCAAGGGUGGGGAGGUCUCUGAGUGUGUGCAUGAAUGCAUCGAGAGUUUGGAUACCGAUGGUGUGUGUAAGCGUGAGGGAAAAAACGGAAAACAUGACCGUGGUUGA